AUGAAGUCCAGCAUCGAUUUGUCCCGACACAUUUCGUUACAAAUAGGGGCUUUGAAACUGUACGGAAUAUGGUUCUACAUACCGUAUCGAAUGAAGAAUGUUCGAUUUUGGAUCUGCGUUUUGACGAGAAUCGUUUUAGGAAUUUGUGUGUUCGUCAUACCGACGGGCAGCCAAUUGGUUUAUGUGAUACGUUUGAUACUGUCGGGUGAUGCUGAAAUACAGGAGGUAGCUGGAAUCAUUAACUUAGUUCUGACAGAAUUACUGGUUUCCCUCCGACUUCUAGAUUUGAGCUUACGCAGAGAUCGGCUCUCGCAACUGUCAGAUCAACUGAAUAGCACGGAGUUCCAAUUUCAAAUGACAGCUCAGAAAAAAAUAUUGGAAAAGGCUGUCAAGCUUUCCAGAGGUCUGUUUUGGUGGUUGAUUUUCAGUAGUCACUCGGAUGUUCUUGUACACGUCGUCGUGGUACCGGCUUUACAUAAUUUCCAAACUUUACCUCUGAAGAUGGAUCUCAUUGUCCUUGAUGUUAAUAAGGAAUCUUACUUUAAUUAUUUAUGCGCUUAUCAGAUCCUGUACAAGCCGAUGAUGCUCACAACAUUCGUCGCAGUGCAAACGCUACCCUGGGCCGCGAUGUCUUGUGCAAUCAGCCAAUUGGACGUUUUAAUUUAUAACUUUGAAAAUAUAAAAGACCUCGUUAAAGCUAAUGCUGCUGAAAGGCAGUGCAAUCAAGAUGAAGCGUUUAAAGAAGUUUUCAAAAGAUGCGUUCUUCACCAUUGCGCUAUAACAAGAUUUGUGGACACCAUCCAAGCUACAUUUGGGGGACAGCUAUCAGCAACUCUUCUGUUGAGUACUGUUAUUUUGGGCACUACUGCUGUGCAAAUAUUCUCGAUCGAGUCUCCUCUAAAGAACUUGACAGAAGUAGGAUGGGUACUAGCAUACUUAUCGAUUUUUAUUUGCAAUCUAUUUGUCGACUGUUAUUUUGGAAAUACUAUUACCACUAAAAGUUCUUACAUAUCGAAUGUAGUGUUUGCAUGUCCUUGGACUGAGCUGCCGACAUCUCUUAAGAGGAACUUGAUCAUCUUUAUUGCGAAGACCCAGAGACCUCUCGUCAUCACCGCGGCUAAACUUGUACCUGUGUCUUUGGAGACAUUUACGAAGGUCAUGAACUGGACUUACAAAGGUUUUGCUGUCAUGAAUCAGAUGAAGAAUUAA